CAUUUUAAACAAAUUAAAUGUGUUUUCAGAACAAUGCAAGUUACUCAAUUAUUGCUAUAUAUAAAAGCUGCAACAAAGAGAGAGUUUGAUAUAGAUAAGACUCAUAAGAGAAAGAAAGAGAAAGAGAGAGAGAUCAGAGAGGUUUGAAGAGAAUGGAAGAAGACCAGGUGCAAGAAAUAAAAGACAUGUCUCAAGAGGAAGAGGACUUGAUUUGUCGGCUUCAUCGUCUUUUAGGAGACAGAUGGAAAUUAAUAGCAGGAAGGCUUCCGAACCGAACUGCAAAAGAAGUGGAGAAGUAUUGGAAGAAGAAAGAGAUUGAGAGCUUCAAAAGGAAUAAAAUUUACAAGCCAAUUUGUGUCAGACUUGGUCCAUCUUUCAAGUUCUCAAUGGACAAUUAAAAAUAAAAGCUAUUAUCAUGGUUUUUUUCCUUAUGAACUAUCUAUACAUUUUUAUCAUCCAAUAAUCUUUAUGUAUGAUUAUAAUUAAUUUUUGUGUUC